AUGCUGGGCCGCGCGGCGCUGGUGCUUGUGCUGAUCACGGCGGCCGCGGAAGAGCUCCCGGAGGUCGCGGAGGUCUGUGCCGCAGGCGCUGCAGCCGAGUGCUCGGAGGAGGCCUUGGAGCUCUCACAGCUGCGGGCGAAGAAGCAGAGGAGUGAGGUCAACGAGAGCGUCACCAACGAGACGGUCUCACAUGAGGAUUGCCUGGAGAUUUUUCUCGCCGCGCAACCCGAAUACAACGAGACGCCACUUUUGAAGUCCAGCCAGAGCUCUGGGCAUAUUCGACACGGUGGCAACAUCAGAUAUUUGUAUCAUCAGACCAGCACCUCCGCGGGUCCCAAGAUCUUGAACGGUGGCUUUCGACGAGGACACAUCGGCUGGUGCGGCGGUGGUAUCUAUUUCGCAUUGAGCGCAUGGUCCACCUAUCACAAAGCUGUGGGACUGGACUCUGCUCAUGGCUUCAUCAUUGAGGCCAAGGUGGAUUUGGGGCGAACGAAGUACAUGCCCGCUUACUGUACCUCUUCUCCCAGAUGCUGGGGAAUUGGAGUGCAGCAAGCGAUUCGAUGCAUUGACCGGUCCUAUCAAGGAGGUCAAUUCCAAUCGGAGGGAUAUGACUCGAUCUACUUCAACCCCGGAGACGGUGGAGAGUUCAUGAUUUGGGAUCCGUCCCGGGUGCUUUCCAUGAGAAGAGUAGGUUAA